UCGUUUAGAAAACAUGUCACUCGAUUUAAAGACUUUAAUUUGCCUACACAAACAACACUGCAAUGGACAUCAACCAGAAUGGGCAAUCCGAUGAAGUUGUCCCCAAUGCAAUGGAUAAGCAGUUUGAAAACUUCUGGGACAACGUCAGCUGCUUCGUGGCCAAUAAUUUCCCCUUUGAGGAGAGGUGCGCGUUCGUAAAGAAGGCCAAGAACUGCAACUCGAGCACAAACUUGGUGCCCUACAUGAGGCUCCUGGCCUGCGACCUCAACUGCGUCAACCAAUUCGAGCAGUUGGUCUUCCUCACAUUUUUUGUGCUCCUUUGUUUCUUGAUACUGCUCCUGUUGAUCAACGUUUGCACCAACUACUACAGUCCUGCUCUGAAGGCCGUUUCUAUGUUCCUCCAUAUGAACGAACACUUGGCGGGCGUGACCCUGCUGGCCUUUGGUAACAGCUCAGCCGACCUCUUUUCCAAUUUGGCCAGUGUCAAUGCCGACGUGCCGGUGGUUGCCAACAGCUUUGCGGCAGCCCUGUUUGUGUCCAUGGUUUCUGGUGGCCUGAUCUGCUACAUGUGUCCCUUCAAGAUGAACGCCUACGAAAGUGCGCGGGACAUUUUGUUCCUAAUUUUUAGUUUGAUGGUGUUUGAACACUUCCUGGAGUCCGGAUCUCACCUAGCAGAGGGAGAAUUCAUAUUUAUGUUUUUGGUUUACAUUUUUUACUUAGCAGUGAAUAUAACAGAUGUGUACCUAAUCCGGAGGGCUUUAAAGCAGACAAAUGCUGAAAUCGAUGCCAUCUUGGAUGGGAAAGUGACCCCAGCCAAACGAAAGCGGCUACAAGAACUGGAGAAACUACGAGAGGCGUACUCCCAAAAUGCUCGAGUGGAGAUUUUCGAGAGGAGCAGCUCGGGUCCGACCAUAAACAAGAUGCGUUACACGACAAGGCCAAUGACCCUAAAUACUCGCAUCAGCGUGGACAGGAGAGCCACUCGAAAUGUACUGUACAACAGAACGAGGGGCCCGAACUGGGGACUGUUUAGUGACUUCUUUGUGGCCCUGAGACCGAUCACCUGUGUGAAGUGGCGGAAGGCCAACAUGAUCGAGCGGGCCAUGAUGGUGGUUCAGGUUCCGGGCGUGGUCAUCUGCAUUGUCUACAUUCCCCUGGUGGACUACGAACUGGACAAACAUGGCUGGAACAAGCUCUUGAACUGCAUUCAUGUCGUGCUGAAUCCGGCGAUGUCCAUCAUUGUAAUUAAGUCUUUGAUUAGCUGCAGUCGCGAACAGCUCUGGUACAGUUCCCUCGGCACAGAAUACAUUUACGGACUCUACUCGCUGCUCAUCACAUUGCCAAUAGCCUUGGUUAUGUUUCGCAAAUCCCGAACCGAUUUGCCACCACCUUACCACUGGGUCUUUACCAUAAUGAACCUGACCGGUUCCAUGUUCAUCAUCUUUGUGUGCGCCACGGAAAUAGAUAAGGUCCUGGAGGUGAUAGGACACACAAUGCACAUCGAAGACGACUUCAUGGGCGCCACUGUGAAGGGUUGUACGGGAAGUCUGGGACCACUGAUUGCCAACAUAGCGAUGGCCUUGCAUGGCUAUCCACGGAUGGGCUACGCCUCUGCCAUCGGAGGACCCUUCUUCACUGUUAUUUUUUCGGCGAACACUGUGCUCUACGUCAAACGUAUUUUUGGCUUUGAGCUCAUGUAUGAAAACCAAAUGGGCAAUUACGGCGCAAACGCCUUCACUUUUCUUAUCCUUGGCCUAUUCCUUAUACUUUUGUGGUCCACCACGUUGGGCUUUUAUGCACGGCGCUCCGUGGGAAUCUAUUGUAUAGUCUUUUACUGUAUCUACCUGCUCUUUGCAAUCUUGAUCAAUAGUAGAUGCAUACAUUCCUUUACUAGGGACAGACCAGUUCACGCUGCUUUCGGGGACGUCUAGACUGAAAUUAAUAAGAAGAAAUAAAAUUUAAACUGUGUGUA